AUGGAGAAGUUAAAUUCCGACAUCGCUUCUCUCGAGAAAAUUUUCACGAAUUUAAAUAAUAGUAAACCUGAAAAUGUCACAGAGACGAAGUUCUUGACAUGUGAUACAGAGCACGAGUUUCUGAUUUCGUUCAUACCAUCUAAAACCUAUCAUCCGCUGCGACGAAUUGUCGGUAAGGUAUCAACCUCUUUCCUCGUUGUUGGCAAAAGUUUACAAGCUGACUGUAACGACUCUACAAAAUCUGCCGGGGAUAUAACCCCUCAGGUUGCAAGGCUCAAGAACGAAAGAGUUCCUGUGGGAAAACCACUUUCCCAAGAGGUAUUUUAUCUUACAGGCAGCGAGCCAUUGCAAUCUUAUGCCGGCGUGAGCAAGUACAACAAUCACGAUUCGAGAGGUUGUACAACUGAAUGGUUCUUGUCAGUGGAAAAUGUACAUCCGUGUUCACUCGAAGCCGCCAGGUACUUCCUCUCCGUCUAUGCAAAUGCUUUGAGAGGUUCUCUGCGACCUACUGAAGUGUGGAUUUGCGUGGAUGGUACAUGUAAGAAUCCACAAGGCAUAAUUUACCUUGGAAUGAUCCCUGAAAAUGGAACUGUCGGUAGAAAAACCGUGAGACACGUAAUUUGUACCAGCAAGAAUGAGCCGAUUACAACUAGAGAAGAUCUGCCAGAGCUCAGCUCCUUCCUACAUCAUCAUCUGUCAUCCAGUUUGUCGACAACCUUUGUUGAAACCCAUGGCUAUGCACUGUAUGAAGUCAUGGGCGCAUCAAAUUUUAGCGCACAAGAUGGGGAAAACAGUCGAAUUACAGUUGAGUUAACAUGGAGUGGUGUCAGUUCUCUUCUCCAGUCUCAUCCUCAUUCCUGCGAUGGUGUUCUCCAUGUAAGGAACAUUCCAGGCAGUGUCCAUCUUGCAACACACUCACUGUACCUAGAAUUGGUACGAGUGGAUGCUUUCUUUAAGAUAUUAGGAGAAGAGGAUUAUCCUUGGCCACCACUUGCAGCUGUCAGUGAAAAAACAGUUGUUUCACAAAUGGAUGGAUUCUUCACCAAGCUUAACUCCAGUAAUGUGUUUCCACCAGUGGUCGAUGAUGAGGAGAGUAAGGAGGAUGCAAAUGAUUGUACCUUUGCCGAGGGGUCAAUGGCCCACCUGACCUUUCAAGAAUUUGCUCGAAAGGAUUUGGAUUUUACUGAGAGACUUUGGCUUCUGCUGAAGGAUUGCGUUGAUGAAGAUGAUCUUGCUGGUUCAUUGCAAAUGUGUUGUAUGGCUCUGUUCAAUAACAAAUGUCAACCUGUUGUCCACAGUUCCAACAUGACUUCAUUAGCAGUUUUUAUUAGGGAUUUGUUGCAGUUUGAAACUAAAGAACAGCUGGAGAAACUUCAAACUAGGGCCAAGAAAUUCCUAUCUCCUGAUUCAGCCAUCAAAUGCCUAGUAGAAAUUGGCUGUGAAAAACUUGCAAGGGACUAUAGCCAAUAUUUUAUUCAACAGGAACUUGCCACCAUGGGGCAACUGGCAAAUUAUCUAGACAACAAUGCCCCACUGGGCACCCGGGUUUCUCACAUCAUAAAGCUUCAUCAAAUACUAGAGCUGGUUGUCACUGCCAAAUCAGUAACCAGACUUGGUCAUGAAAAUAUGAGAUCCUUGACCCAAAGUGCUUUGAUGUAUUAUCAGACACAUGCAGACUCUGAUAACCAGCAUCCCACAUUCUCGUUGUCACUGCCAGCAUUCGGAUCCACUUCAGGAGCAGCUGUGAAAAGCAUCUGCUCGUCAUCCAAUCCUGCAGUUUGGUGUGUUUCCUUUAGGUCAAAAACAAAGACUGGAGAUCACACCACAAUGGUGCAAUUAAGCACAAGUCACCCAGGCAGGGGAAUUUCUGCAAGCCCUGGGUAUAAUGUCACUGAAUUGAAUGAUGAAGACUUUGAUUCAGACAAGGAGAAAUUUCAGUAUUUUCUGACCUGUGCUAAGCAGGUGACAAUGCCAGUUGUAUAGCAACCCUGUAUAGUGGAAAAAAUUGAACAGAUUGUGCACUCUCAGAAGGAGAUGUUAAACAGAAUUAAAGAACAUUUUGUCAGAAUAUUCUUUGGUAUGCUCCUGAAGUAAAAGAGUUAAAGUUUAUGUAAUUUGAAAUUGUUGUAGCUGGAACAAUUGCAAGCAUUAGAGUUUCCUAUUUUGCCUGUCAACUCCCUUCAUCUGUACAUUAAUUUACUUCAAACUUCUACAUAUCUUCUUUGUCAAUAAGUUUUAAGAUAGUUUAGUUUUAUACCCAUAAGAGACUAAGACUCAUUACCUAUUGGGAGGAUAAUAUUUUGAAAUCAUAGAUUGAUAACUUCUGGGGUUAAGUUUUUUUCCAAUGGCUUUGAACAUUAUUGGAUUACAGUGGUAGAUCAAGGGGAGGGGCC